CAAUCCUUUGACUUUGAAAUUGAAAAGAUUUUGACGUGUUUUGGACAUCAUGACAUAUAAACGAAAAAAAUAUCAUCACGGUGACACUCAUCUAAAAAGGCGAUGGAGAUUGAGAAAUAGAAAGAAGGAUCUUGAUGAAAUCGACAGCGAUUUAAAGGAGGAAAAUGCUGAGAAAUUACUGAAUCAAAACGUUGAUUUGGAUUUACCUGGUGCUGCACAGCAUUACUGUCUCCAUUGCGCUCGUUAUUUCAUUGACGAACAAGCACUGUCUGAACACUUUAAAACAAAAGUACACAAGAGAAGGUUGAAAGCUUUAGAGCUAGAGCCAUACAGUAUCGAAGAAUCGGAACGUGCCGCUGGUCACGGUAAUUUCAAAUUUCCUAGUAAACGGAAAAUAGUUACACAAAAUAAUAACUCAGACGUAAUUGAUAAGGAUGGUGAUGUUGUGUUAGAUGAUAGUACAGCAAGUAAGAAAAAGAAAAUCGACGAAGAUGAUACAUAAAACUAUUCUAAGUUGUUUGUUUAAGUUAAGAGACUGCAGCCUAUUACAUGUUAGAUAUUCUGCUCUAUUCAUAAAUGGCCGAAAAGCUACUGAUACA